UGGCAACGCAUUCAAAACUCCACGCUACCAACUUCUAGUUCCGAUUAUCGGUUUGUCUUAAUCUCAUGCUUGUAUUAUUCGUGAUUGCUGUCUAGUGCUUUCUAUAUUAAAAGACUCUUCCGCUACAACUACAAAUCCAACUACUUAGAAAAUUACAUACCCAUAGCCAUUUUACCUACUUGUUUUGACAAUGCCUCCAAAGAGAAAUGUAAGAAAUAAAGAUGACGAAGACGACAGUGUUACUGUUAAUACCAACAACGAUGAGAGAAAAAACACAAGGUCAGGGAAUAAAAAGAAUAAGGGAAAAACUGUUAAUCAUGUUCCUUCGGAUUCUGAAGAAACUACUAAAACAGUUACAGACAAUACUAUCGUAAAGAAAAAUGAGAAGAAAAAGAAAGGGAAAGAUCAACCAAGCAACGAUCUGGGUGAAAAACCAAAGAAUACACAAAUGCAAAAAGAAAGUCACAAGUCUAGUAAUGAAUCGUUAAAAUCAGACGAGGUUGAUGAUGAAUUUUACAAAAAGAAAAGAAAAGCUGGUCGUAAUACUGGUAAACGUGCAGAUUCUGAAGAUGAAGGGGAUACAAAUAAGGCAUCAAGUAAAAAACAGGGGAAAAAGAAAGGCAAAUUAAAUGGGAUUAAUGUCGACCUGGAUGAACAGAAAGCUGAUAACCAACAAAAAGCAAAAGUUACUAGUUCCAAAAUGGAUUCAAAUCGUGAAACUCCACAAAAAGACUAUGAACUUGAUGAGGAGUCUACAAAACCUGAAGAAGUUGAUGACGACUUUUAUGCAAAGAAAAGAAAGGCUGGUCGCGGUAAACAAAAACAAGCACCGGAACCUGAAGAACCACCCCCUCAAAAUGCAGCUGGAAAGAAAAAGAAGCAAAAACCUGGAAAAAAGAAACAUGAUGGAUUUGAUAGUGAACAAGAAGACUUUGAUGGUUUGACCAAAGCCAUGGCAGUUGUUGCUUUAGAUGAUGAAACCGAUGAUUUCAAUUCUCAAAGUACUAAGUUUGGUGGAUUUUCAGCGAUGUCUCUUGAUCAUGAAGCUACAGUAGACAAUCCAGACGCAGCCGUUGACGUUGAAAUAAUAUCCGAUGAUCCUGUAGACAGUAAACCUCAAAUUGACGUUACAAACUCAAAGCCACCUGCUGAUAUUGAUACUAAUUCACUUUCAAACAACUUUUCGACUACCGAAGUAGAAAAUGGGGAUGUUACUGAUUCUAAACCAACUUUAGCUGAAGAAAAUGUCAUAGAAAGUGAUGCCAAUGUUGUUAAAGCAAAGGUAUCAAAGAAGGAACUUAAAAAGCUUAAAAAGAAAGAAGAAUUUGAAAAACUUGUUGAAAAUGCGAAAGCGAAAAUUAUCGCAUCUUCUGGAACACUUGAUAACUUUGCACUUUCUCAAGCUGCUAGCAAUACGAAAUCUGAACAACAAGACAAUCAGCUUGAUAUACGGGUUGAAAAUUUCUCAAUUGCUGCUAAAGGAAAAGAAUUAUUUGUAAAUGCUUCCCUUCAAAUUACUCAUGGUCGUCGUUAUGGGUUAGUUGGACCUAAUGGCUAUGGAAAAACUACGUUACUUCGCCACAUCGCUACUCGAGCGAUCAAUAUCCCUGCAAAUAUCGAUGUACUUCUUUGUGAACAAGAAGUUGUAGCUGAUUCAACACCCGCAUUUGAAAUGGUUCUCAAAUCGGACAAAAGACGAUUAGAAUUAUUGGAAGAAUGUGAAAAGUUAAAAUCUCUCUUAGAAACAGAUCAAGGUCCAUCUGUAAUUGACCGAUUUAAUGAGGUCUACGAAGAGCUUGUUGCAAUGAAAGCUGAUGCAGCAGAAGGUAAAGCCAGACGUAUACUAUCUGGUUUGGGUUUCACAAAAAAUAUGAUGGAUAAACCUACUAAAGAUUUAUCAGGAGGUUGGAGAAUGCGUGUCAGUUUAGCUAGAGCUUUGUUUUUGGAACCGACACUUUUACUAUUGGACGAACCUACAAAUCAUUUAGAUUUGAAUGCAGUUAUAUGGUUAGACAAUUAUCUUCAGCGAUGGAAAAAAACUCUCUUAAUUGUUUCACAUGAUCAAUCAUUCUUGGAUAAUGUUUGUACAGAUAUAAUUCAUUUAGAUCAACGUCAAUUAUUUUAUUAUAGAGGCAAUUAUAAUAAUUUCAAAAGUAUGUUUCUUCAGCGAAGAAAAGAACAAUUGAAAGAAUAUGAAAAACAAGAAAAACGUCUUAAAGAAUUAAAACAAUCCGGUAUGAGUAAUAAACAAGCACAAGCAAAAAAUCAACGUGAUGUAUUAACUAGAAAACAAACAAAAAAUAAACAACUUUCCAAUGAUUCUAAUGAUAGUGCAAAACCACAAUUAUUAUCAAAACCAAAAGAGUAUGUUGUUAAGUUCACAUUUCCAAAUCCAACUCCUAUUUCACCGCCUAUCCUCGGUCUGUACAGUGUUACAUUUGCUUAUCCAAAUCAAAAACCUUUAUUUAAAGAAUUAAAUUUUGGCAUAGAUAUGAGUUCAAGAAUUUCAAUUGUUGGUCCAAAUGGUGUUGGCAAAUCCACAUUUUUAAAAUUACUCACAGGUGAAAUACAACCGACUGAUGGUGAACGUCGAUUAAAUCAUCGUGUUAAAAUUGGCAAAUAUGAUCAACACUCUGCUGAUCAAUUAAAUCUAAGCGAAACACCAACGGAAUAUUUACAACGUCUUUUCAAUUUAACUUAUCAAGAUGCUCGUGCAACAUUGGGUAAAUUUGGUUUAGAAGCUCAUGCACAUGUGAUUCCUAAUGCUGAUCUAUCAGGUGGACAACGUGCUCGUGUUGCUUUCGCUGAAUUAUCACGUCGUGCUCCAGAUGUUUUAAUUUUAGAUGAACCGACAAAUAAUUUAGACAUUGAAUCGAUUGAUGCAUUGGCGGAUGCUAUCAAUGAAUUUGAAGGAGGUGUUAUUGUUGUCAGUCACGAUGAACGUUUAAUUCGCGAUACAAAUUGUAUUUUAUGGGUUAUAGAAGAUCUUGGCAUUAAUGAAAUCGAUGGUGAUUUCGAUGAUUAUCGUCGUGAAAUAUUGAAUUCUCUUGGUGAAGAAAUAUCAAAUCCUAGUAAAGUGGCUGCAGUUGCUGGAUGUUUAUCUUAAAUAAUUCUUGUUUUGUUUUUAUUAUUAUUAUUAUUAUUGUCAAUGUUUCUAGACAAUCUUCAAAUUAGAAUUGUUCUGCGCUAUCCGAUAGAAUAUAUAUAUAUAUAUAUAUAUA